AUGUCUACCGCAGAUACUGAUCCUGAUCCUGAUCCACUAGAGAUCAAACAAUUGGCCCUUAGUUAUGACUACUUAAUAUACAAAAUUAAUGAUCAUAUCGCAAACUUGGCCGAUGACACAUAUGAGACAAUCCGUCACAAACAGUCCCUCAUUGAAAUAAACUAUUUUGAGGACCAAUUGGACUUGCCAGGUCAAUUGCAGGAAGUGGACCGAUUGCUUGAGCAAUGUAACCAAUUGGAAUUGGACUUCCUUAAGCUCGACCAAUUACGUAUGUUUAUCGGAGAUUUCAAGAAUCGGAUAGAUGCAUUGGAACGAGGGUUUGAUGAGCUCGAAUGA